AUGGAGACCCAGAUUAGAUCAUCCAGCCUGCGACAGAGCUGCAUCUUUUGUCGGGGCCGAAAGAUUCGAUGUUCUGGCGGGCGUAUCUGCAACGCUUGCCGAGACCGUAACAUCAACUGCGUAUACGGCCCUGAAGCCCGCAAGGGCCGACCAAGACGCAAAGGGACGGAGGACAAGUGCGCCCUUAACCCGGGUGUCAGCAAGCGCGGCAGGAAGCAGUCCAUUUCAUUGACUAAUACCGCAGUAGCCAGCGUUCUGAGCGACGAGUCGGUGGUGCACGCGUCAGUAGCCCUCAAGAAGGUUCACACCCUGGGCAACGACCUAGAGCAGAUGUUCGAUGAUUACUUCAUCAGCAAAACUGGAUCGGAAUCUAAUCUUCUUCAGUUGUCUAUAAGUUCUUUUCAGAGACGUCAACAGCGGUCGUAUACCUCGACACCACCCAACCAUCCUAAGCACCAUCAGGUAAACUAUGAUAGGCUACUAUCCUCCAUUGCCCAAGAGAUGGUGGAAAUGCUACUGCUGCGUGUUGGCUCUUUGAGAUGUGGGCAACCGGAGGAGGGGAACCGAAACUUUUUCGUUGCUAGUCUAGUGGUUGACACCACAUCAUCUAUGUUCGACCCUCCACAGCAUCAAAAUCCUCUAACAGAUCUAGGAAAGCACCGCAUCUUGCAGUUGAUUGACAUGUGGUUCUCGGUGCAUCCUCUAUCGCCACUAGUAUCAAAAACCUUGAUUACUAGUGAAGUUAAGGAUGGAACGGUGGAUGAGGCUCUAUUGGCAAUAAUCUUGUCUGAUGCGUGUCAUGUCCUAGGUGAUGUCAGCGAGCAGCAUGGGGCUAUAAGUGAUGAAUCCCAGAAGUUGUUCGAGUUUGCUUCCACCCAAAUCAAACAGCGCCAGCUACCCCUUGACGAUUCAGAAGGCCUCGCCACAGUACAAACUUUGUUUCUAAUAGCAUGGAGGGAGCUGUGCUUGGGUCAUGCCCGGCGAGCAACCUGCCUUGUGGGCUAUACUUGCUAUAUGGCCUCACGUUUAGCUAAAACAGGGAAGAAUGCAGACACGAAGAGCAUCAAAUUGAAUGGUGUUGAGAUUGACCUGGUCAAAAAAGAGGUCCUGCAAAAUGUUCAUUGGUUAUGUUUAACCACCACCUCCUGGGCGUUCAUGCAAUUUGACCAAGCCCUUGCACUCUUCGGCCCCGACGAGAUACCUGAUUUUCCUUGUCUAGAUGAGACCACUUCGGUCCUGAUCCGCUUAGACCAAGCGUCGGAUAAUAUAUCUACGCUCCCAGCACAGAUACAAGCCUUACGAUGUCUAUGGCCUCUCAGCCAUAUCGCCAGCACUGUAUCUCACAUCUACAUUCUGUAUUUCAAUAUGCCUGCCAAGGGAGUUCCAAAAGCCUCAUGGCAGGAGCAGCAUAUUCAUCAAUUAUACGAUCUCCUUCAGUCUUGUGCUGAUUUCCCCACGUUGUCGGUGAAGAUCAGAGAUAUCCUCCUUCAGGCGGUACAAGCUGUGGAGAAGCGAAUCACGACCUUGCCUUCACAACUUUACCUGUUGACUGCCUAUCAUAUUAUAAUCACACACAUGUUAUUCUCCCAGGAUAAAACGGACCAGGAGUCGUUGAGCCUCUCGUCGACUAUUAUAAAUGCCUUCUGCCAGUCUGCAUCGGCGCUUCUAGCUCUCUCGUAUCGUUCUCUAGAUCCAUCAAGGGGUCUAAUGCCAGCACAGAGGGACGGAGGGAUGGAAUUUAUCAAUAUGCUCGUCCUGGGGCUCGAUACAUGUAGUAGAGCCCUUGUUCAUAUCUAUGACCAUCUCAGCCGCGGUGCGAUUGACAAUCAAAAAGAAAAAGCAGUAAUCAGAAAACAGCUGGCGGAUUAUGCUGAUAGGUUUCAUCAAAUCUGUAAAAGUGAUGCGGUGUCACGAUGUGGAUCCGUGAUACGGUCUGUUAAGAAACGGCUCAAAUGGGCGAAAUUGGCAUUUCAACACCUUCAAAUCCUUGCUGAGCCCCAAGAAGUGCUUUCAUCUGUCCAGUACGCGACCCCUGACUUGCCUACAGCUCUGAAUCUUGGCUGGCCUCGUAAUGAGGGCUUGCUGUUAGAUCCCGCCUUUGCCACUGCUCGACCUGGGGACAUUUUAUCGUCUGACAUAGUCCCCGAUGCGCUCCAGCAGCCGGUCUCGGGAAUUACUAACCCAUUCUUCGUUGUGGAUGAUCCCAUAAUCGGCACACUUGUAGGGCUUCCGGGUUUUACUGGUGCCCAUGAGCAGUCAUAUCCGGACUAUACGAGCUUGCAGCAGAGCAAGCUGAGCAUGGGUUCAGAGCAAGACCUUCCUCACAUCCAGAAUCCAACGUCCUUGUUUCCCGGCUAUGGGGAAAGUCUACAUUUGGCGUAUCGUGGUCCCAGGGGUCCGCCUUUGAGUCUCGCCAGUACCAUUGACCGCCUGAACGAGCCUAACUCCACGCCAUCUGAAAUGACAGAAUUUAUGAGUAAUGACACGGUCAAUUUGACGCUGCCAGAAGAGACCUUGGACAAUGAUUUGUUGUCUCAGUUGCUCAGCAACCCCGAUGGAUGA